AGAAAGGAGAGAUUAAUCGCACAAAAGCCUUUUCUUCUUUAAUUCACCGCCGGUGCUUCUUCAUCGCUACGUACGUUAACAGCGAUACACACACAUAUAUAUAUAUAUCCUGUCUGCGGCCUCGCAUCAAAAAAAGAGAGAAUAGAGGCAAAACAACUAUACGCCCACCAUUCACUUUCGUGUUUCAGUCAGUUAUUUUUUUUAAUUAUUUUUUGUUUGUUUUCACUCUCCUUCGAGUAUUAUCUCCCCUUCCCCGAUCCGCUCCCCGCAGAUACUCAGGUUGCUCAUUUUUUUUUCUUUCUCUGCCUUUCACGAGGAGGAAGCAGUCAUUCCUUUUUUCUUUUUCAAAUUCCUUUUUCUCAUCUCCAUGUAUUGCUUCUCUUUCAUGGUUUCUUGCUGCAUUUGAAUCGUGUUGGGGAAUAAUUUUUCUACCUCCUUUACGCGGUGGCGCGUGAACGCUUUCGUACGGUGUCGUCUUCCCCCUCCUGCCCUUUUCGGUUUUUGUUUUUGUUUUUUACUGCUCCACGAAGGCAAAUUCGUCCCCCACGUUUUUCGCUCCCGGAAAAAGACACCGUACUGCGUUAAUCUGCUCGUGAAUCCUUCUGUACAGGAUUUACCGGCACACACGCACACAUAAUCUAUAUGUAUAGAUUUGUAACUCCUUUGCUUUCCUUUCAUCGAUCAAGCAAACGGACAAAAAAAAGGACGCAAAAGCAUUCCAGAAGAAGAGGAUACGCAUGCUAUCUGAUCUUCAGCAGCAGAGGCACGUGGAGUUGGAAGGCACCGUCAACCUCCGUAACCUUGGCGGCUACCACACGAAAGAUGGCACGAAGACGACCAAGUGGGGGGUGCUGUAUCGCGGGGAUACCUUAGGGCACGUCCCGUCAGACGUCGCGCAGAGGACUCUCGUCAACGCGUUGCACAUCCACAACGCCUACGACAUGCGGAACAGGUAUGAGGUGGCGAGGCAGCCGUACCACAUCCCGAACAUUAACCGCUACGCCGUGCCGAUCGACACCCGGCAGCUGUCCGAGAACGUGCAGGUUGGCGAUUGUUUGAACGACACAGCAGCGGUGGUCAAGGCGAUGCAGGACGUCUACCGUGACCUGGUCAGGUCGCACGGCAAGGCAAUCGGAAAGUUUAUCAAAGGCUUCCUCAAUUCGAAGCCUUCACCGCAGAACGCGACGAUCUUUCAUUGCACCGCAGGGAAAGACCGGACCGGGUGGGCCGCCUACGUCAUUCUCACGCUGCUCGACGUCGAGGAGAGGGACAAACGGCUGGAUUACAUCUUGACGAACAACUACUACGGAUGUCCGAGGGAUGUCGCCGAGUACCUGCGCUGCAAGGGCGUCGGCAAGGAGGUCACGACGGCGCUGUGGGCGGCGUUUGAGGAGUUGGUGGAUGCUGGUAUGAACGAGGUGAAUAAACUAGGUGGCAUGGAGGCGUACGCGAAGUCGCAUAUGGGCCUCACGGACGAUGACAUCCAGCAGCUGCGCGAUGUGAUGCUCGAGUAG